UAAGAAGGGGUAGAGAAGUACGAAAAAAGCAGCAGGGCUAAGGCCGAGGGUAAGAAGAAGAAAGAGAAGCGCCUGCGGGGAGGUCAAGCUAGGCGGCCCCAGGUGCACGCGCCGGGAGGCGCCGAGCGGCAGGAGGCGGGGUCUGCACCCAGCUGGCCGUGGGCGGGGCGGGACGAGGCGGGCGGCCCCGGGACCACACCCAGCGCCGGCGCGGCCCGCGCUUUCCCCAGCUCAGCGGGAGUUUCCCGCGUGAACCGCUGAAAGGGCCGACGGAUGAAUGAGUCUCCCACCGGGCCGGGGGGCCCCGGGGCUCCGGGGCCCCGCGGGCCUGAGAAUCUCGCGGACGCUCCCCGCAGCCUGGGGCGCGCCGGGUCCUUUCCGCGAGACGUGGGGCGCGGGGCUCCCCUGGCUCCUGGCUCCCGGAAUCCCGCGGCAACUGCGGGGGCGAGCGGAAGCCGGGGCGGCGCUCCCGAGAACCGCCCGGUGGCGGAGAACCUGGACUGUGAGCCCUGGGUCAGAGAGAAAGUGCUCUUUCUUCUGCACCCAGAGAGAUGGUUGGGGACUCCAGGGGACUCUGCGCGGGAAGAAGCGGCCGGUGAGGAGGACUUCUUCCAGGCGGCCGGAGACGACCGGGAACCCAACUUCCCUUCCCUCUUUCCGGGAAAAAAGGUAAUUUCUGGCAGCCGUGUAGACGCUCCGUUCGGAGCCCCGCCGCAGGACCCCGCAGCCCCGCCCAAGUCCGUGCUCGUGCGGAUCGUGGACUAUCAGGUAACAGAGGAAGUCCUGUGGACCGCCUGGACGCAGGGCCGCAUGACCAGGCGCACGGAGGAGCACUCCAUGACCGCGAUCACGUUUCGCACCAACAGGGAAUGAAGCCGGCUGUGGGGCGCCAGGCCCCCCGAGGACCCCGGGCUCUCUCCCCGUGGGGGAAGGCACCCCGCGUCCACUCUGCGGAGAGGUCACCUCGCGGUCCCCGAGGACUUGAUUGCCCGAGGAUAUGAAACAGGAAAGGAGAGCCUGAGGAAUGUUGCGAGCAGGUGGUUGAGCAAUAAUCCUUAAAAGAAAAAUUCUCUCCUGGGAACGCCAGCCUGUAGUUAUCCAACGGGAGGACUUUUUAAAAGACUGGGGCAGCGCUUCUGGGAGGCGGAUGUCACUCCAUACAGAAUGAAGAACAGUGAGCAACAUAAUACCUCCUUUGUGUCUUAAAUACUGUGACGGCCUGGGGACCUAAGUCAUUGAGAAGAGGGGCAGGAAAGGUAUUUUCAGAUUGAUAAAAUGUGAGCCUUUUGAAAUAAGAAAAUGCUUUUGUUAAGUCUCAUUUUGCAAUACAUCUCAACUGAUCUCUUUGCUGCCUCCGUGAUCUCUCUAAGAACUAAAAUCAGAAGUGCAGUUUGAGGUCUGCUCUCUAAAGGGGAUGGGAGUAGAUGAGGAGAGCGGCUUCUUUUAAAGCUGAAAAAGAAAGUAUUAAGAAAUGGGAAAAUUAAAGUAGCAAGUAAACAAAAUAUUUUGUUUUUACUUCUGAUGUGCACAUUUUUCUUUUUUAUUUCAUCAAGUGUUAGGGGAAAAAAAAACAAAACUAGGAAAAGAAGAGGGAGAACAGAAGACCCAGCUUUGAAGGUGAGAUGCCAUUUAAAUGGGCUUUAUACUCCAAAGUAUUUAGUCUAGUAAAAAUACUUUUUAUCUGGUUGUUAUUUAUUUUAAAGUUUUAAAUACGGUAGAUAAAUCGGAUCUCAAGGUAGAUAAUGUAUAGUUUGCUUUACAUGAUUUGUGUAUCUUACUCAUGUCCUUAGCUCCUUAUUAAUAACAUUUGUAUGCAAGACUGGAUUGAAAAUAGUCUCUCUUGAUGUGUUGGGAAAGAAAGAAAUUUUUUCUGGUGCUAUUGAAAUAACUCAUUUUAUUUGUUCCUCUUUUUUUAUUAAAUACUUGUUGUCA